AUGGGUAAUAAGGAAAGCCAUAUAACGCCAUGGAUUCUAGUCCAUGAUAGCAAUAAGAAGUGCCUUUUGACCACCCUUAUUCUGUAUGCUGUUGAAAUGUUUACCAACUCCUCGCUUAGGCGGAGGCUCAAGCUUGAACUGGGAUACCUCGGGGACUCGACAACAUUACCUUCACCUCUGGCAAGACUUAGGUCAAAGAAGGACUUCUACCUUCCGGAGACCUUAUAUCCAGCGGCACAAACACGUAAGACGAGACUUCCCAGCUGCCUGAUGGCACCUACGUCGUCACGAAGUACGAUUGGCUAUCCUUCCUCCACCCACAACCCCCCAAUACGAGCCUCGACUUCGGUCUUCUGCACUGAAAGACCCAAGAGAUCUUCCAAGUCGGAGAACUCGAUUGAAAGACUCUGGGAUUCAAGCACGGUGGCGCCUCCCGCCAGCCAACUGUGGAUGCGCGCAGUCAUCGCUCGGCAUCAUAUGAUUGAAACAAUUCCUGUAGUCAUCUCUCUCGGAACUCAGAGACGGUAA